ACAAAACCUGUUGCAUUUGCAGUUCGGACAAAUGUUGGGUACAGUGCAGCUCACGAUGACGAUGUCCCAGUCCCAGGCAUGGCCAUCUCAUUUGAAGCUAAAGAUUUUCUUCACGUUAAAGAAAAAUUUAAUAAUGACUGGUGGAUAGGACGGUUGGUAAAAGAAGGCUGUGAAAUAGGAUUCAUACCAAGCCCAGUCAAACUAGAAAACAUGAGGCUGCAGCAUGAACAAAAGGCAAAACAAGGAAAAUUCUACUCCAGUAAAUCAGGAGGAAACUCUUCAUCCAGUUUGGGUGACAUCGUUCCUAGUUCCAGAAAAUCGACGCCUCCAUCAUCUGCUAUAGACAUAGAUGCCACUGGCUUAGAUGCAGAAGAAAAUGAUAUUCCAGCAAACCAUCGCUCCCCCAAACCCAGUGCAAACAGUGUCACAUCACCCCACUCCAAAGAGAAAAGAAUGCCCUUCUUUAAGAAGACAGAGCACAUCCCUCCCUAUGAUGUAGUGCCUUCUAUGCGACCAGUAGUUUUAGUGGGGCCUUCUCUGAAGGGAUAUGAGGUAACAGAUAUGAUGCAAAAAGCAUUAUUUGAUUUUUUAAAACAUAGAUUCGAAGGGCGUAUAUCAAUUACACGAGUCACAGCAGACAUCUCGCUUGCCAAACGCUCAGUAUUAAACAACCCAAGUAAGCAUGCGAUAAUAGAGCGGUCUAAUACAAGAUCAAGCUUAGCUGAAGUUCAAAGUGAAAUCGAACGGAUUUUUGAGUUGGCACGGACACUGCAGUUGGUAGUACUGGAUGCUGAUACCAUUAACCACCCAGCUCAACUCAGCAAGACCUCUCUGGCUCCCAUUAUAGUAUAUGUAAAGAUUUCUUCUCCUAAGGUUUUACAGAGGUUAAUAAAAUCCCGAGGGAAAUCUCAGGCCAAACACCUUAAUGUUCAGAUGGUGGCAGCUGAUAAACUGGCACAGUGUCCUCCUGAAAUGUUCGAUGUAAUUCUUGAUGAGAACCAGCUUGAAGAUGCUUGUGAGCACCUUGCUGACUAUCUGGAAGCCUACUGGAAGGCCACACAUCCACCUAGCAGCAAUCCUCCUAACCAGCUUCUCACUCGCACACUUGCAACAGCCACUCUUCCUAUUAGCCCAGGUCCAAAUAUUAAUUUACAGGGAUCUCAAGGAGACCAGAGGAAUGACCAUUCAGUCCCUGAACGCAGCAGUUCACAAAUUGAAGAGGAAGCACGGGUUGAACCCAUCAAGAAAUCCCAGCAUCGCUCUUCCUCAAGCCAACACCACAACCACCGCAGUGGUGUUAGAGGCCUUUCUAGGCAAGAAACUUUUGACUCAGAAACACAAGACAGCAGAGAUUCGGCUUACGUAGAGCCCAAGGAGGACUACUCACAUGAGCAUGGUGACCACUAUGAUUCUCACAGGGAUCACAAUCAUAGAGACGAGUCCCACGGGAGCAGUGAUCACAGACACAGAGAAUCAAGGCAUCGCUCAAAGGAGAGGGACCGCGAGCAGGACCACAAUGAAUGCAACAAACAGCGAAGUCGUCAUAAAUCAAGGGACCAAUAUUGUGACAAGGAUGGGGAAGUGAUAUCGAAAAAACGUAAUGACGCAGGAGAAUGGAACAGGGAUGUUUACAUCCGUCAGUAACUUUUGCCUCUGGCAGUCUUGUGUUUCUUUGAAGUCUUGUAACAAUGCCCCUUGAAAAUAUCUUUGGGUUCUUCAUUGCAGAACAUAUGGUAUCCUUCUGUAUGCUGAUUUGUAUUGCUGUUGCUUGCAUAGCAAUAGCAUGAAAUAGAACAUUCAUAUACUUAUUUUUUUGGUUAGUGCUAUACAAAUUAACGUGGUACAACCGCAGAGUUCCUGAUGUUGUACUAUGCCAUUUUUCAAGCUGUUUUUUGGUAGCUGCCACUUGAACAAUAUCUGUUGCCAUCAAGGUGUUGUUAGUGUUUUUUUAAAAAAGGUACAUUUGAUGUUUAAUAACUUCCCAUGUAUUCAGCAAGCCAGAAUCAGCACAUAAAAAAUCUA